CACCUCCUUUCUGUUUCCUUCUCUCCACGUGAAUCCAUCCCCCUUCCUUUUUGUUUUUUUCUUCUUCAGAAACAAAUAAAAGGCAUACAAACAAAAAUCCUUGUGUCCUGUCAAAUAUCUCUCUCUCUCUCUCUCUCUCUCUACGUGUGUGUCCUAAAUGUAUUAAAGAAUCUCCUCUAUAUAUAUAUAUUCUCCCUGAGUUACUCUUUCCUUUCAAGUGUCGAUCAAAAGGUCUCUCUUUUCUCUUGUUCUCUCUUUAUUUUCUUGGAUCUUGCUUGUCAUUUUUAACAAAUGGAACACUUGGGUGCUGGUUUGGUUGCCAAGGACACUAGCUGGUGGGUGUUUACACUUCCAGCAUUUCUUGGGUCCAGAAAUCUGUUAGAUGGGUACAUCUUUCUAACUCUCUUUCUAGGGUUUCUUUCGCUUUCCCUUCUCACUUGGGUUUUUGCUGCUGGCGGUAUUGCAUGGAGAUAUGGUAGAAACCAGAAAGGCCAUGUUCCUAUUCCAGGUCCUAAAGGCUUACCUUUCUUCGGUAGUCUCUUUACUUUAAGCCGUGGCUUAGCUCAUCGUUCUUUAGCCUCCAUGGCUUGGAAACGAGCCAACUCUCAACUCAUGGCUUUUAGCCUCGGUUCUACUCCUGUUGUUGUGUCAUCUGAUCCGCACACUGCUCGUGAAAUCUUGACUUCUCCUCACUUUGCUGACCGUCCGAUUAAAGAGUCGGCUAAAAGCCUCAUGUUCAGCCGAGCUAUUGGGUUCGCUCCUAAUGGUACUUACUGGCGGCUACUAAGAAAAAUUGCUUCCUCUCAUCUAUUUGCACCCCGGCGUAUUUCAGCUCAUGAACAUCUCCGUCAGCUAGAAUGCGCAGCCAUGUUUCGUACUAUAGCUAACGAGCAGGCGCACAACGGUUUUGUCUCGUUAAGGAAACACCUUCAAUUUGCUUCCUUAAACAACAUUAUGGGUAGUGUGUUCGGCAAAAGAUACGACCUUGCGCACGAUAGCGAAGAGCUUGAGGAGUUGAGAAACAUGGUUAGAGAAGGGUUUGAACUAUUGGGUGCUUUUAACUGGUGUGAUUAUUUGCCAUGGCUCAGUUACUUUUAUGACCCGUUACGUAUAAAUGAACGUUGCUUGAAACUCGUUCCUCGAGUUAAGAAACUCGUUAGAUGUAUUAUUGAAGAGCAUAGACUCAGUGAAUCAAGAAAAGAAAGUGAUAGUAGUGAUUUUGUUGAUGUCUUGCUCUCUCUAGAUGGUGAAGAAAAACUCCAAGAAGAAGACAUGGUUGCUGUCUUAUGGGAAAUGAUAUUCAGAGGGACUGAUACAACAGCACUGUUAACAGAGUGGAUCAUGGCAGAGUUGGUAUUACAUCCUGCAAUUCAAGAAAAACUACAAAAAGAUGUAGACACAGCAGCAAAAGAUGGGAGCUUGACAGACGCAGAAGUGGCAAAGUUGCCUUAUUUACAAGCAGUAGUGAAAGAAACUUUAAGGGUCCACCCACCUGGCCCACUCCUUUCAUGGGCCAGGUUAUCCACGUCAGAUGUCCAGCUCAGCAACGGAAUGGUCAUCCCAAGCAAUACUACCGCAAUGAUCAACAUGUGGGCAAUCACUCAUGACAAACAGGUGUGGGAGGAUCCCUUGGAAUUCAGGCCAGAAAGAUUCAUAGAUGCUGACGUGGACGUCAGGGGAGGUGAUCUUAGGCUUGCACCUUUUGGCGCUGGACGGAGAGUAUGCCCCGGAAAGAACCUAGGGCUAGUGACCGUGAGCCUUUGGGUGGCUAAGCUGGUGCACCAAUUCAAGUGGGUUCAGGAUGUGGGCAACCCAGUUAAGCUUGGAGAGGUGUUGAAACUGUCUUGUGAGAUGAAGCAUCCUCUGCGUGCUGUGGCUUUACUAAGGAAGUGAUCCAUGUUGCUUUUGUUACGGAGUUUUAAAUUAUUUUUAUUAGGGUGUGGGCUAAUUAGAUAAUUAGUGUGGAAACUAUUUUACAUAGGCAGCAGCUAUUAUACGGUUAAUGGGUUUGCUUGCUUCUAGUUAGAAGUAUUGGUAAGUGUUUGAAUGGGCUCCAGUUUUGUGUUGUGCCUUCGCGUGGAGUGCCCUUUGAUUUGUGAAUCAUAUUUUGAGAUAUAAUUACUUACAAAUAGUUCACCACUA